ACAACGCGCUCGCGUGCUUUCCCACUCUAUACGGUGCAUUUUAACUGAUCUCGUCGUCUUCUACGUGAUGUUUUUCACGUGUGUAAUAAGUAUAAAAUUGCCCAUGGUUAUGCGAACGCAAAUAUCAUUUUUGGGUAAACGCUCGCGGUAAGAAAACCUUAAAUAACAGUACACCAGUCAACAUAGGGUAUGUUGUUUGUAGGUUUCACGAGCUGUCAAUCUUUAUCAAGGAACACAUGCGUUCAUUUUGUUUGUUUGUUUGUAUGUAUGUGUUUAACCAAUACACAUCGCCCUUUAACAAAUUAAAAGAAUAUAUAAGAAUCUUAUACAUAAACUCAAACUUCUCAAACCUCCAGUAUUCAGUUCAUGCAUAUGCAUAACGUGUAGGACACAUUAGUUUGCUCUUUAAAGUAUUUGCUGUCAAGGAAAAUGAAUAAAAGAGAAGGCGACGCGUGUGCCCGAAAAAGGAAAACAGAAUUUGCCCUGAAAUCAGGGGAAUAUGUGAAUAAAUCAUCUCUUGUAAUUGAAGCAUUUAAAGUAUUUCAACAAGAACUUGAUACCAGGCAUGACAAAUAUGAGCGUCUGGUCAAACUGAAUAGAGACAUCACAAUUGAGAGCAAGCGGACAAUAUUUCUGCUCCACAGAGUGACAAGUGUACCCAAUAUUGAAGAAGUUUUGAAUGAGGCAGACGUCAGGCUGGAUGGUGUGAGGCUGAAGAUUGGUCACAUAGCUGAGGAGCUUGGAGAAGAUGAUCUCUAUCAGUUCCACAAAGCGUUCAUGUCAGGCAUUCAGGAGUAUGUAGAGGCAGUGUCCUUCCAUCAUUUCAUCAGGCACCGUACCUUGAUCAGUCUGGAGGAGAUAAAUGCCCGUCUUGUAUUCAUGAGAGAUGAAAAGAUGGAAACAAAGGUUUGUGGCAAAGGUUUGUGCUCAGGAGCCUGCGUGUUGACUUUCCAAGUUACACCAACUGACUACCUUUUGGGUGUGGCUGAUCUGACUGGUGAGCUAAUGCGUAUGUGCAUCAGCAGUGUUGGAAAUGGUGAUGUGGACACACCCUUUGAGCUCAGUAACUUCCUGCGGCAGAUCCAUGAUGGCUUUUCGUAUAUUGGUAACAUGGGCCCAUAUGAGGUUUCUAAAAAAUUGCAUACUCUCCGACAGAGCCUUGGCAAGGUGGAGGAUGCCUGCUAUACACUCAGAGUGCGUGGUUCAGAGAUUCCCAAACACAUGCUAGCUGAUGUUUUUUCAAACAGGGCUACAGUGUUUGAGGAGGAAGAUGGAGCAGUAUAAAGGUUCUAUUUCUCAUUUGUCUGAAAUAUGUAUGUUGCCUAUGGUUGAACCAUAUGUUAUGGGGAAAGUUUUGAGGUCAUACUUAUUUGUUUUACAAGUCCUAGAUGUUUUCCAGCCAUGAUCGCUGUGUUUCUAGAAUGUCAGAACAGAUGUUGACAUGUUCCAACUUGCUUUGUGUUAAUGUUAAGAAAUGCUCAUAAAACUUUUUUUUGUCUGCGAUGUCAUGACUUAAAUGUUAGUUUUUAAUAAUUAUUUAGUGUGUGUAUAUAUAAAUAUAUAUAUCCAUGGCUAUAUACCCUUUUCAGUUUGUGAGAAUAAAGAUCUUGAAUUCAAGGUAGUCAAGUUAAUUUAUUGUAUAUU